AUGGCUGGCCACUGCGGGCACGCUGCCGUGGCUUUCCGUAGGAGGACGAAAAGUUACCCGCUCUGCAGCCAGGAGUUCGUCAUUCACAACCGUGCGGACAUGGGCUUCUGCCUGGUGCUCUGCGUCCUCAUCGGGCUUAUGUUCAAGGUCACAGCCAAAACUGCCUUCCUAUUUGUUUUACCUCAGUACAACGUCAGUGUGCCUACAGCAGACAGCGAGACCGUGCACUACCACUACGGCCCGAAGGACCUGGUCACAAUCCAAAUCAUCACCAUCAUCCUGCACGCUCUGGUUCAGGAGUACAUUUUAGACAAGAUCAGCAAACGACUUCAUCUCUCCAAGGUCAUGCAUAACAAGUUCAGUGAAUCUGGACAAUUGGUCGUCUUUCAUCUCAGCUCGGUGACAUGGUGCUUCUACUUGGUGGUGACGGAAGGAUAUCUAACAAACCUGAGAAGCCUCUGGGAAGACUAUCCGCAUGUGUACCUCCCCUUCCAGGUGAAGUUUUUCUACCUGUGCCAACUGGCCUACUGGCUACAUGCAGUGCCUGAGCUGUACUUCCAGAAGGAGGUAAUUCCCCGCCAGCUGCAAUAUAUUUGCCUGUACCUGGUCCACAUAGCUGGAGCAUACCUCUUAAACCUCAGCCGCCUGGGUCUGAUCCUGCUGCCCCUGCAGUAUUCAACCGAGUUCCUCUUCCACAUGGCUCAGCUCUUCUACUUUGCAGAUGAAAACAACCAGAAGCUGUUUAAUACCUGGGCUGCUGUGUUUGGGGUCACUCGCCUCUUCAUCCUCACCCUUGCUCUGCUCGCCAUUGGCUUUGGACUGGCUCGCAUGGAAAACCAGGCGUUUGACCCUGAGAAAGGGAACUUCAACACCUUGCUUUGCAGGCUGUGCGUGUUGCUGCUGGUAUGUGCCGCCCAGGCCUGGCUCAUGUGGCCCUUCAUCCACUCCCAGCUGCGGCACUGGCGGGAAUACUGGAACAAGCAGAAUGCCAAGCGGAGAAUGCCAGCUGCCUCUAGACUACCAGCCAGGCUCCUGAAGAGGGAAUCGGGGUACCAUGAAAAUGGAGUGGUGAAAGCAGAGAACGGAACCUCCCCACAGACUAAGAAACUCAAGUCUCCCUAAGGCCAAAGUGCGGAGCUCGGGCCUGCUUGCACUGGGGGCCCAGCCCCUCGGCCUCUGCCUUCCUGCUUGCCAUGCCCUUUCUCACACAGCAGAGG